GGUGGCACUGCGGUAGCGGGCGGCCGAAUGCGGCACAAGGGAGCGGUGGCGGCGUCGGGCGGGAGCGGCUCCUCCAUCUGCUCCUCGCUGUCGCCGGCUCCUGAGCGAGCCUCCCCGGCUGGCGGCGGGGCCGGGCCCGGCAUGGAGUUCCCCGGGGAGCUGGCUGAGAUGCCCAGACAGUUCCCAAAGCUGAACAUAUCUGAAGUUGAUGAGCAAGUGCGACUUCUAGCAGAGAAGGUAUUUGCUAAAGUUCUCCGAGAAGAAGACAGCAAGGAUGCCUUGUCACUAUUCACUGUGCCUGAAGACUGCCCUAUUGGGCAGAAAGAGGCCAAGGAAAGGGAACUUCAGAAGGAACUGGCAGAACAACAGUCUGUGGAAACAGCAAAAAGGAAGAAAAGUUUCAAGAUGAUUCGAUCUCAGUCUUUGUCAUUACAAAUUCCGUCUCAGGAAUGGAAAGCACCACCGGCCAUUCCUACUCUGUCUCCUACAACACCAGUUCUUCAACAUGCUUUCCUGCCAGUCCAGGUGCCAUAUGAUGUACCAGAGUUUCAGAGAGUUUCAAUUAGUGGGGACUACUGUGCAGGGGUUACAGUUGAUGAUUAUGAGCAAGCUGCCAAGAGCCUGGUGAAAGCUCUUCUCAUUCGAGAAAAGUAUUCACGCCUUGCGUAUCAUCGCUUCCCAAGAACGACAUCCCAGUAUCUAUGUAGCAUGCAACAUGAGAAGUGGAAGGUUGAAGAUGAAGUGUGUCCACAUUUUCAUUCACCCCCAGAAGAAAAUGAAGAUCCUUACAAUCUUGAUGAUGCUCCAAACAAUUUGGAUUAUGUUGUCAAGAUAAAAGGCGGCAUUCCAUUUGUUUAUGAUAACAAAGAAAUGAUGGAGCUCAAUGAGCCUCGGAGUCUGCCCUAUCCUGACCUGGAGACCUAUACCCUUGACUUGAGCCACGUUCUUGCUCUAAUUGCAGAUGGUCCAACAAAGACGUACUGCCAUCGCCGGCUGAACUUUUUAGAAUCUAAAUUUAGUUUGCACGAGAUGUUAAACGAAAUGUCUGAGUUUAAAGAACUGAAGAGUAACCCCCAUCGAGACUUUUAUAACGUGAGAAAGGUUGAUACUCAUAUCCAUGCUGCUGCUUGCAUGAAUCAGAAACACUUACUGAGGUUUAUUAAGCACACGUAUCAAACGGAGCCAGACAGGAUUGUUGCAGAGAAAAAAGGCAAGAAGAUGACCUUAAAGCAAGUCUUUGAAAGCCUUCACAUGGAUCCAUAUGACCUCACUGUAGACUCUUUAGAUGUCCAUGCAGGUCGUCAAACAUUUCAUCGAUUUGACAAAUUCAAUUCCAAGUACAAUCCAGUUGGUGCCAGUGAGCUGAGGGAUUUGUAUUUGAAAACCGAGAACUACAUUGGUGGAGAAUAUUUUGCUCGUAUGGUCAAGGAAGUAGCCCGUGAACUAGAAGAAAGUAAGUACCAGUACACAGAACCCCGAUUAUCCAUCUACGGACGGUCUCCAGACGAGUGGCUGAGCUUGGCAAACUGGUUCAUUAAACAUAAAGUCUACUCUCCUAAUAUGCGCUGGAUAAUUCAGGUUCCCAGAAUCUAUGAUAUAUUUAGGUCAAAGAAUAUUCUGCCUAGUUUUGGAAAGAUGUUAGAGAACAUUUUUGUGCCUUUGUUUGAAGCAACAAUCAAUCCCAAAGACCACAAAGAAUUACAUCUUUUCCUCAAAUAUGUGACUGGCUUUGACAGUGUUGAUGAUGAAUCCAAGCAUAGUGGCCAUAUGUUCUCUGACAAAAGCCUUACCCCUGACCUCUGGACUAGCGAGAAGAAUCCCCCAUAUAGCUAUUACUUGUAUUACAUGUAUGUCAACAUCAUGUUGCUAAACAACCUUAGGAAGGAAAGAGGCAUGUGUACUUUCCUGUUUCGACCUCACUGUGGAGAAGCUGGGUCUAUCACACAUCUUGUGUCAGCCUUUCUGACAGCAGACAACAUUUCUCAUGGACUGCUCUUGAAGAAGAGUCCUGUCUUGCAGUAUCUUUAUUAUCUUGCACAAAUACCCAUUGCCAUGUCUCCUCUUAGUAACAACAGCCUAUUCCUGGAGUACUCAAAAAAUCCACUACGGGAAUUUCUACAUAAGGGACUUCAUGUCUCUCUCUCUACAGAUGACCCUAUGCAAUUUCAUUACACAAAGGAAGCACUCAUGGAGGAAUAUGCUAUUGCAGCCCAGGUGUGGAAACUGAGUACCUGUGACCUAUGUGAAAUAGCAAGAAACAGCGUGCUGCAGAGUGGAUUGUCUGAUAAGGAAAAACAGAAAUUCUUAGGGGUUAACUACUGUAAAGAAGGGCCGGAGGGAAAUGACAUUCGAAAGACAAAUGUUGCACAGAUCCGGAUGGCCUUCAGGUACGAGACGCUGUGCAAUGAACUUAGUUUCCUGUCUGAUGCUAUGAGAACAGAUGAGAUUUCGACAUUGUCAUAGUAGUUACAAGCUCAAAUAAACCACAGCAUUUCACUCCCAAGCAGAAUGGGACGCUAAAAAGUAUCAAAUCAUCUGCUGUUGAUGCUACCGAGAAAUACCUGAACAACAUGGACAAAAUGUAUGAGUAUGAGACAAAAUGUACGAGUAUGGGAGCUAAACAGCAUUUGCUGUUAUCUUUUACUGUGUUAUUCUCAUUGCAAAAAUGUCAGUUUCUACAAACAGUAGGCUUUGUAAGACUGCUGUAAAUAUUAUAUGCAAACUAAGAAUCAUGUAUUAUUUGUUUCAUAGUGUCUUAAAUGUGCACUAUAUUGUAGCUUGCAAAACUAUACAAAGUAUCCACAAUGCAUCCCUGAGAUGCAUUUUAGGAUACUGCAGAUGCUGAAAGAACACACGCACCCGUUUUUGUCCUGCUAAUCUCAUAGCAAUCAUGGCAUUUACCACUGGGAAUUUUAACCCUUUAUUAGACAGCAGAUUGUAUAGGGUGUGUAAUUUUGAGGCUGCCCCCUCAUUCAUGAUUCUUACCUUAACAUUUCAGCAGUUAAACUGGAAAACAAGAAAGCUCAAAAUAUAGUAGUCACAUUUAAUGACCAUUUAAUUACUUCCUGUUGUCAUGUGGGAUGGCUGCAAAUAACAGCAGACUAAAUGUUUUUAAUCUUAAUAUGUACAAAACACAGUGUCAAAAUUAUCACUAUUGUACACUAUAAUAACAAGUGUAAUUACAUUAUGAAAGCUCUGCAUUGUAGGUUAAGAACAUGUUUUUAUUGCUUUUUAAUCAGAGUAUGUUGGUUUGCCAAUUCAAAUUAUUUGGAAACUUAUGAGAUAAUGCUGGUUGCAUGUAAAGAGAGUUUUUUUUACUUGAACAAAGGAAGUGUUCUUAUGAAUCAGCAGUAGAAACUCCAGACCUGGGUUCUGGUCCUACUUCUGAUGUCUUUUUACCAAUUUGUGUUAGUUUGUAUUUUAGUCAAUUACAUAGAUGAACGAGAAGUCACAAACUGUCUAUUUAUACAGAAGCUAGCUAGGUAAUUUUUAGUCAUUUUAUGUUAAAACUUUUUAUUUAUGAUGGAGCAGAUAGUAAAAUAUAACUAUUGUACGUCUUUUUUUCCCCCCCC